GAGCAAAUAAGCUGAACCUUAUCUCACUCACACAUCCACUAUCUUCUGCUCCAGACAACGGAAACAGGGUGUUGUGCUCCAAGAACUGAGCAAGUACAGAAGGAUGGCCUGUGAGACAUAGUGGACACAUCAUCACCCAAGCAUUGAGAGGUGUUCUGUAACAGUUUGUCCAGCUGUGUAUAAGUGAGCUGUCCGAACCAGGAUGAAUCGCUACACCACUCUGAAGCAGCUGGGGGAUGGAACCUAUGGCAGCGUGCUGAUGGGUAAAAGCAACGAGUCCGGAGAACUGGUGGCCAUCAAGAGAAUGAAGAGGAAGUUCUACUCCUGGGAGGAGUGCAUAAACCUUAGGGAAGUAAAGUCACUAAAGAAACUAAAUCAUGCCAACGUGGUGAAACUAAAGGAAGUCAUCCGAGAGAAUGACCACUUAUACUUCGUCUUUGAGUACAUGAAAGAGAAUCUCUACCAGUUGAUGAAAGACAGAAACAAGUUGUUCCCCGAGUCAGUCAUCAGGAACAUAACCUUUCAGAUAUUGCAGGGACUAUCAUUUAUUCAUAAGCAUGGGUUUUUUCAUCGGGAUAUAAAGCCAGAGAAUCUACUCUGUAUGGGUCCUGAACUGGUAAAAAUAGCAGACUUUGGUCUGGCCAGAGAGAUCCGCUCUCGGCCUCCGUAUACAGACUACGUUUCCACACGAUGGUAUCGAGCUCCAGAGGUGCUUCUGAGAUCGUCCAUAUACAGUUCUCCCAUAGACCUGUGGGCAGUGGGCUGCAUCGUGGCCGAGCUCUACACCUUACGGCCUCUUUUCCCUGGCAACAGUGAAGUUGAUCAGAUCUUUAAGGUCUGUCAGGUUCUCGGAACAGUAAAGAAGACCGACUGGCCGGAGGGAUAUCAGCUGGCUACUGCGAUGAACUUUCGCUUCCCUCAGUGUGUUCCUACACCUUUAAAAACUCUGAUUCCCAAUGCCAGCAACGAGGCUCUGGCUCUAAUGAAGGACUUGCUGCAGUGGGACCCCAAGAAGAGGCCGACAGCUGUACAGGCCCUCAGGUACCCCUACUUCCAAGUAGGCCAGGUACUAGGACCACGGCCUCAGACUCCUGACCUGCGCAAGUCUCAAGUAAAAACAGUGAAAGCAAGUGAAGCUAAAUCGGAACUGCAGUCGGCCUCUGAGCCAGUGCUGCGCUCUAGGGCUAAGUCCCAUCAGCCACUGCAACAGAUUUCCCUGUCCCAGGUACCUGUUCAAGCAGACCGCCAAGCUGAGCCUGUUCCGCUUAAUACACACAAGAGGCCUGUGGGUAAUGAAAACAGCCUAAUGGGAGUGAAGAGUGGACGGAGACGCUGGGGGCAGGUCAAGCUUUCGGACAGCUGGGACGAUUCAGACCCCUCAGACACGACCGCAUCCAACUCCAAAAAACCCACUAUGGGCACCGAAGAGAAGAAAAACAACGAGUUUAAUUCUCAGCCAAAAGAUCUAAAGCCUCUGUACAGUUUUAGCACUGUGACGAAGCUACCAAGCAACAUCAAAACAAAUUCCAGUCUCCAAAGCACAUGUUCAGCCAGGCAGCAUUACCUGCGCCAAUCAAGAUACCUGCCUGGUUUGAUAAGUAAGAGUUCACCAUCAACUGUGGAAAAGGAGUCACACCGAGACGUGUGGGACAACUGGCCAGACCAACCGAACAAACCAGUCGCUCCUAUUGGUGGAGCACCGAUAACACGAGUUACUCCAGGCAAUUUUAUCAGCACCACCUACAAUCUGUCCGGAGGUUAUACACCGUCCUUUCAGAAGAAGGAAGUUGGCUCAGUCGGUCAGAGGAUUCAGCUAGCACCGAUUGGAAAUCAGCAAGCUAUUGAUCUCUCCAACACUGCUGAUUCUAAAACUAACAAAAAAUCUUUAAAGCCAAAACCAGCUGCUCCUACUUCACUGAAAUCAAGCACUGAAGAUGCUGAUGGGUGGAAAAGAAGACCUGAGAGAACACAGACCAAGGGAACUCAAAGUUACUCAGUCAUGGGAAAAAACUCUGCUAAUCUUCUCCCUGUCCAAGCUGCAGCUCCUGCCCAACCUGUGCAUGGUCGAGUGGACUGGGCAGCGAAAUACGGAAACCAACGGUAGCACCUCUUAAACUCGAGCAGAGCCGUUUGGAACGCGCCGUUACAGACUGAAGCGGAGUCUUGUUAUAGCAGUAGCAAUUAUGAUGUAAAUGAUUCUUAUUGGCUGGUGAGAAACUGUGAUUAUA